AUGUGGCUAUUAAGAUACCAGAAUACUUUGGCCUCUGGUCAAAUAUUAGAUGUAUCACGAUGCAUUAAGAGAUCAACAAACUACACUAUAGGUAGAUCUGGUAAAUGCACCUUUCCGAUUAAGAAUGACAAAAGUAUAUCACGUAAUCAUAUUUCGAUUGAAUGGGAAGGAGAUACAGUGAACAUUAUAAAUAGCGGGAAAUUAACUGCAAUAAAUGGUGAAUACAAAAAAGAAUCAGAAUUAUUUGCUUGCUCGAUAGCUGAUAAUCUCGAUUUAUCGAAAAGUAACAAUAGUACCAGUCAGCAAAUCAAUAUAUCUCUUGGUGUUUCACCAAUUGAAGUCACCCUAACCUGGAUUCCAUUAAAUGUGCUAAUACCGAAGAAAGUUGAUAUUCAUCAAUUUGAUCAACUAGAAGAAUAUGGAACACAAUAUGUAGAGGAAGCUUCUGUGAGUUCAAAUUUGUUGGAAAAUAUUAAUACAGUAUUAUUUAUAGAUGAUUUGACCGAUUCUAAAUACUACAGAGAAUUAUUUACAUACACAAAUGGAAUACAUAAUAUGACAUUAUCUGAAUUACAAAAUCUCCAGACUUGGAUGGAGGUCAAGAACAUUAAUUUUGAUGAAAAAUGGAGGAAUGAGAUGAAGUUUGAUUUAUUUGAAAUUGUAAAUAACAAUAAUGAUGAUGAUCUUAAUGAGAUACGAAAAAUCGCAGAGACGGUGAACUUCAUUCUGAUUGGAAAAACAGAUGAAACAAACAAAUUAUACCUAGAUAAUGCAAUAAGAAAAAUACAUGGGACUACCAAAAGCUACGAGAAUAUUAAGGAUCUGAAGGAAAGUUUACCUCGAGAAAAUUUUGGAGAGAGAAUUAUUGUGAUUAAACUAGCAGAAACACAAAAUCUGGAAAUAUUGCAAUCUUCCAAUAUAAAUAUUAUAAAUAUUGAUAAUUUUGUUAAACAUUUACGAUCGAAAAAACUUGAUGAAUUCAUUACCCCGUUAUCAAAUAUAAAACUAGCAUUUAUUUCAUAUGAAAAGGCUGAGCAACAGACUAAUGAUCCUAUAAUCAGUGAAAAUGAUGAUAAACCUACUACCAUACAUCGUAUAAGUGAAUCACAAGAGCCAAAUCCAAUGCCGACUAAAAGGAGAAGAAUAACCCGUCCUAAGAUAAAACCUUUGAAUAGCCUGAGCUUCUUUGCUGGUGGUGGAGACUUAUCAGGAGAGGGAAAGGAAGAGGUAACAAUGCCAAUUGUGGAUGAAACCAAAAGUCCUGCGAAUAAAGAUGUCAUUCAAACAAAAAUUUCUAAAUUAAACACAACAAGCACAGAUGAAACUAUGUCAGAAAAUCUUGAUAAGAGUAAAUCUAAAAUACCUAUGGAACCUAAUUCAUUUGCGGGAAUCGACAAACCGAAUGAAGGGCAAUUAAACAUAGAAACAAAUGAUAUAUUUACGAAAACGAAUAAUGAUCCAAAACAUUCAACUAUUAUUGAGGAAGAGAGCAUUCCUAUGGGUGCUUUUAAAAAUAUUGUUGAAAAUAGCUCUUCCCUUGCUAAACAUCGUUCUGAAGAGAAAGUGACCUCUAUGCCAGUCUCAUUAGAUUCAAACCGUGCAUUAAUGGAAAGGCCACGAACACUGGUAGAUGUCAUUCAAUCUACAAAAUCUAAGGAAGUGGAAAGAUUGAAAACAAAUAUUGUGGAGGUACGCCCUGAGGAGUUAACAGAAGGUGCAUUAAAUGAAUUUGCUAAUUUGGAAAUUGAGGAAAACCCGUCUUUAAUAGUGAGACGUGAUGAGCCUCAUUCAGAAGCCACCUUAGGUCCUUGGCAAGGGCGUAAGAAUUUUAAGAAGUUUGUUAAAGUUUCCCGUUCUUCAAGGAGCGGUAACGAUUCAAUAACGAAUAAUGCAUAUUUAAUUACAAGAAGUUACAUUGACACGAAGUCGUACGAUGGUAAACCAAGGAAAUCCGCCACUGAAAUUUGCGACCACAUUGGUGAAACACGAAAUGACAGUAUAGAAGAUAAAAGUUUAGAUAGUAAUGGAGGAGAAUCAAUUAAUACCCUUAGAAAUAGCAAAUAUGAAGGAGAAGGAUAUACUCCUCAAUGUACUGUUCCUCAAAACAAUAACAUGGAUAAUAGUGACUCAGAAAAUGAAUCUAAUUCUUUUAGCUUUUCAAGAUCUAAUAAUAGUUCUAAUGCGUUAUUUGUUACUAACGAAGAAGAAGAGGAAGAAGAAAAUGUAAGGGACCAGGUUAAUAAUAGUAACCUUACAACGUCAAUAACUCCUGUUAGGACUCCCGCAUCUUCAAGAGUUCAAAAAUUGGCGUCGACGAUUGAUGUUUCGGAUUCGGACUCUGAUGAUUCGGAUGACGGUCCUAAUUUCAAAUUUAGAAGGAUGGCAUGA